AUGAGACUGUUGAAAUGGGGUGACAAAAUUUUAGAAUUAUUAUAUGUUGAAUCUUCACGUAUUUUAUGCAGUAAUUCAAAGAAAACGGACGAUGAUGUCAAAUUGUGGAGAGAGACUUUAGAUGGAGUGAGCUUUGUGGAUGCAUUAUGUAGACCGGUUGGCAAUCAAUUUGGGAUUGUUGGAAUACAAAUCGCUGGCACUACUAUGCGAUUAAAUGUUCUUAUGAAGGAUCUGGGUGGCAUACCAAGAUAUUUCCAUCUUGAUAACGCUGAAAUUCCAUUAUCACCACACGCAUCGAAUACUAAAGCUCUCCAGGUUGAUCCACUCUCUGAUGAUGCUGAAGCUGAACAAGAACUCAUAGUCCUCAUUGACCAAAUGCUACAUAUUUCUGAUCCCCUGACUGUGGAAGAGUAUAUUCUGGUUGAUAAUCAAGUUGUGAGUAAGGAGCAAAUGAUGGAUGAGGAAAUUGUCAAGUUUGUAAACAGUGAAGAUACUCAAGAGCCAGAGAAUAAUGAAGAGUCUGAAUCCUUGAUAAAAGUAAAGGAUGCUUUGGAAGGAAUAGCUGCUGUCCACCAGUCCAUACAAAUCCAACAACCAACUGCUACUAUCAAAAGAGAAUCAACAGAGAAUGAAAAAAAUUCAACCCAAACACCAACAAAAGUAACUGAAAUUGCUCACUCAGCCAUUAAGACCAACAAACUAAGACCGAUGCCACAACCACCAACAAAGAACCAAUAG